AUGGCCGUUGGCGGCAUGGUGAAUCACAGUAGCAACACAGCGGCCACAUCUUGCCUUAGUCCGUUCCAAAACGAGUCUGCGUCCGUCGAAGCAGCUCGAAUUUUGCCACAGGUGCUUGAGCUAGUUCACACCUUUAUCGAAUCCGGAGAGAGACCCGAAACAUACGUUGCGCCAUGGGGAAGCAUCCCCAACUUCCGCAAGUCUGUCUCACUCUCGCUGCCCGAAGCGCCAACAGAUGAUGCGGCUCUUGUCGACGCGAUCAAGCUCGUGUUUGACAACUCGGUCAACCCUUGGACCGGUCGAUUCUUGGACAAGCUGUAUGCUGCACCGACGCCUGUCGGAAUUGCAGCUGACUUGGUGCUCAGCGCGGUGAAUGCCAAUGCACACGUCAUGUCGGCAUCGCCCGUGCUCAGCCUGGCCGAGGAAAGAUGUGUACAAGGGCUGUGCGAGGCGUUUGGAUUCACACAGCAAAAGCCCGAUGGAUUGACCAUGCCAGGUGGAUCGUCGGCCAAUACGCUGGCAGUUCAAACCGCGCUCGCCAACAUUUUCCCGAGAUUCAGGACGCAAGGGCUGUUGGGUGUGAUGCAACAGUUGGCCGAGGACAAGAAAGCGCCAAGACCGUUGCUGUUUACAUCGUCACAGUGCCAUUACUCGUUGGACAAGGCAGCCAUUUCGGCUGGUCUAGGGUUGCAUUCGGUUGUCAAGGUCGAAUGCGACGAUACUGGAAGGAUGGAUCCCAAGGCACUCGAAGCAGCCCUAAGCGCGGCUAAAGAACAAGGCACUGGUACGCCCUUCCUGAUCAACGCCACCUCAGGCACUACGGUCCUGGGAUCCUUUGACCCUCUUCUUGAACUCGCCGCACUUGCACGCAAGCACAACUGCUGGUUGCACAUCGACGCAUCCUGGGGAGGACCUAUCGUCUUCUCUCACCGCUCCAUCUACUCUGGUCUGAUGAAAGGCAGUCACCUAGCUGACUCGAUCACCAUCAACCCGCACAAACUGCUCAAUGUUCCACUCCAAUGUUCUUUCCUCCUCGUGCGAGACGCCGACACGCUGUCCGCUAACAGCUUAGAUGCCGGCUACCUCUUCCACUCGAAAGACCGUCGCGAAAACGCUGCAAUGAAGACGAUGGGCUGCGGACGUCGAGGUGAUGCGCUCAAGUUUUGGCUGUACUGGGUGCGUUACGGCAAACGCGGAUUUGGUCAACACGUCGAUGCUGGUCUGCAGCUCGCCACAGAGCUGGUCGACUACAUUCGUUCCAAGUCGGACCAGAUCGAGCUGGGCCCACUAGCGCAUCCUCUGUUUCUUCAAAUCUGCUUCCGACCGCUCCGACCGCACAAUCACGCCAGCAGUGACGUCAGUCAGAACGCCAACGCUGGCGCACAGCAGCUCGAUGCGGCCGAGGUGAAACGCAGAUCAGCAGCGACGCAGUUCGUCUACCAGGAGCUCAAGACGAGGAGAAUGUUUGCCGUCGACUUUGCUCCGCUUCCCAAUGCGAUUGGUGAUUACAUUCGGCUGGUCGUGCAUCCAAGGACCAAGAUGGAGGAUCUCAAGACCUUGGUCGACCAAGUUGCCGAGAUUGGACAGCUGUAUUGGAGCCAGCACGAGUGA